UGUGUUCACAACGCAGUUAUACUAGCCGACGAGAGGAGCAUGCUGAGCGACAGCAUGAUGUUUGUGUCUUGCUGGGCUGUGAUCUUAAUGAUCGUCUUCUUGCCUGAAUGCGUCUCUCUGGACAACGUCUAUAAUGUGAACGACACAGCAGGCUACGGACGCCGGUUUGAUGGGAUAGGUGGCCUCAGCGGUGGAGGGGCCACUUCCAAACUACUGAUGAACUAUCCAGAACAGCAGUUAAACGAGAUUCUUGACUAUUUGUUCAAGCCAAACUAUGGCGCCUCGCUACACAUACUUAAGGUGGAGAUUGGUGGAGACUCUCAAAGCACGGAUGGUACAGAGUCCUCGCACAUGCACGAGAGUUGGGACGAAAAUUACCGCAGAGGUUAUGAGUGGUGGCUUAUGGUCGAGGCGAAAAAGCGUAACCCUGAUAUCCUUCUCUAUGGCUUACCCUGGGCAUUUCCGGGCUGGAUCGGUAAUGGUACAAACAGUCCGUACAAUACCCCGAGCAUCACAGCCGAUUACAUCGCUCGCUGGAUUGCUGGCGCCAAAAAUUACUAUGGUCUGCAACUGGACUACAUUGGUAUUUGGAAUGAAAGAAACUAUGACAUAACGUAUAUUAAGACGUUACGGAAAACUCUGGACCAGCGAGGUAUGAACCAUGUCCAGAUUGUGGCGGCAGAUGGAGGGUGGGGAAUUGCUGAUGAUGUUCUGAAGGACCCUCAGCUGGCCGCAUCUAUGGAUUACAUCGGGACACACUAUCCCGGGACAUUUAGUACACCAAGUGCUGUGAAGACAGACAAACAGCUGUGGGCUUCUGAAGAUUAUAGCACUUUCAAUGACAAUACUGGUGGUGGAUGUUGGGCGAGGAUUUUGAACCAGAACUACGUAAAUGGAUAUAUGACUGCCACCAUUUCAUGGAAUUUGAUAGCGUCGUAUUACGCUAAUCUCCCUUUUUACCGUGACGGUCUCAUGACAGCGGUGGAGCCAUGGAGUGGCAAUUACAUUAUCGAGGCGCCUAUCUGGGUAUCAGCUCACACGACACAGUUUACCCAGCCUGGAUGGCGGUACCUCCCUCACGGUAACGGGGUAGGGAAGCUGGCUUCUGGAGGAAGUUACGUGUCCCUGACUAACAUCAGUCAACAAUCUCUCACUAUUGUCAUUGAAACUAUGAGCCAUAACCAUUCGAUUUGUAUUCGACCACCGUUAGCCAAGUACGAUGUAAGCCCACAGAACGCCACUUUCAAGCUGUCUGGCAGCUUUGCUUAUGUCACAUCCCUAAAUGUCUGGUACACAAAAAUUGGAUUUGACGGAAACCCCAGCACAUUUUUCAAAGAAAUGCCCCAAAUUGAUGUAGUCAAUGGUGCCGUAACACUGUCUCUGGGAGUAGAUGAGAUGUACACCCUGACUACGGUAUCUACUGGACAAAAGGGCACUGCCCCCGAUCCACCACCUUCAGAGCCAUUCCCCUUACCCUACAAAGAUAAUUUUGAUAACUACGAGGUGAACUCCGAGCCCUAUAACCUGGCCCAGCAGGUUGGGGUGUGGGAAGUGGUCCAGGGAGACGCGGAUAGGGGUGGGAUAAUUCGCCAGGUGGUCGUUCAGGAGCCAGUGCACUGGUGCGCGGCCGAGACAGGAAACAGAACGCUUAAUAUCAUCGGCAGUCCCAACUGGACUGACAUUUACGUGCAGUGUGACGUGAGGACUGUGACCGUGAGUGCGGCACGGGGUGUGUUUGUGGCGGCUCGCGUCAGCCAGGGAGGCUGUCAAGCCGCUGACACAAGGGGAAUAUUCUUAUAUAUUUAUCCGUCACAACAACGAUAUGUACUCACUAAUGACUUGGGUGGGAAGACUGUGUUGAAAUCUGGUCUUGCCCAGACGAGUUCAGACUGGAAUACAUUAGGCUUACUCAUCCAGUCCAACGGGAUUACGGGCAUGUUGAACAACGAAACACUAUUCACAACUUCUGUACCCCAAGGUCCCAAGAGCGGUUUUGUGGGUGUAGGUACCGAUCCCUACGGCAUCGCAGAGUUUGACAAUUUAGAAAUUAUGAGUAACAGGGAUGGUUGGGCUCGAAUCAGCGAUUCUGUCAAAAGGAAUAAUCCAGAAACUUUGUAUUUCAGACCACAGUUUAAGCCUUAAAAGUAGAAUUGCCAGGUUUUAAUCUGGUAAAAGUUCAUAUGCAGAUCCUCAAGAUCAAAUUUCUUCGACCAAAAUUUAUAACCGCAUUUAUUGUCAGGUGUAUUUAUGAAAAUGAGGGUAUUUAAUGUAAUAAGGUGUUCCCCACAUUUGUAAUAAAGCUUUUAUAUUUUGGGAAUAUAAUAUAUA